AUGGUCAAGAAAAUCUUAUUAAUCAACGGUCCAAAUUUGAACCUGUUGGGUACUAGAGAACCGGAAAAGUAUGGUACCACUACAUUAAAGGAUAUCGAGCAAGCAGCCAUUGACCAGGCCAAAGCAAAAGGUUCUGAAAUGGCCGUUUAUCAAAACAAUACUGAAGGAUUUAUCGUUGAUCGUAUCCAUGAAGCUAAGAAACAAGGCGUCGAAUUCAUUGUUAUAAAUGCAGGGGCUUAUACCCACACCUCUGUCGCAAUUAGAGAUGCUUUACUGGCUGUUGCGAUUCCAUUUAUUGAAGUACAUAUCACCAACGUGCAUAGUAGAGAGGAGUUCAGACACAAAUCGUUUUUAAGUGAUACAGCCACUGCAGUUAUUUGUGGAUUGGGAGUAUAUGGUUAUACUGCUGCUAUUGAGUUUGCUUUAAACAAAUGA